CAGGAAAUUUGGAACAAUUCAAAUUUAUUACAGAUUAACUGGUGUUAAGCGACCAGAUUUUUCAUUACUUUAGACCAUUUGUUAGUGAUCCUUAUUUCAAAUUUGACGAAUUUUCUUGGGAACUGCAACGCUGCUAGAACAGCUAUCCACACACGAGGCGAUGAGUGGCGUGAUGUCGGGGGGCGAGCGAUGGGAGCCGCGACACGACAAGGGGCGCAGACCGCCUCGCUACUACCCAGAGGACCAAUGGGAUGACCACGACGAGUUCGCUGGAUCUCCGUACCCACACGACGGUGGCCGUGGUCCCUCUCCCUACCGCGGCGACCCGAUGCACAACGGCUACGCUUCCGACAAAGGCUCGAGCAUCGGGGCCCCGGACACGAUCGGCCCGACGUACCUGCUGGAGCAUCUGGCCACGUUCCGCGUGGCCAAAGACUCUGACCUGCUGUACCCCGCGGACGGCAUGAGGAGGCUGCUGCACAUGGAGAAAACUUCAGGCAUCUGGACCCAGAAGAUGCAGCUCAGGCUUGACAGACAUUGGGUCCUCAUCCUGUCGCAUGAAAACGAGGACAUCGUGGAGAAGUUCCCCAUUGAACUGAUCCGCGACCCAACGGCCUUCACGAGCGACGACCCUAAAGAACUUUACAACAACAUCUUCAUCUUCAUUGUGGCAGAGGACCCGAAACUCCACUUCACAACUUCCACUGAGAUGCACAUCUUCCAGUGCAUCAGGGUGAGCGCGAAGGCGGUGGUGGAGGACAUGAAGCUCUGCAUGUCGGGGGACUGGCGCGCCCUGAGGGGGGAGCCGCCCCACCGACGCCCCACAAGCAGGGACCGCAUCCCCCCACCCCCUCAUGAGAAGGCCCCCCAGCCCCCCCUCCAUAACGGUUACCGCUCUGACUACAUGCACUUGGAACCACCAAUGCGCGGAUCCCCAGCCCGGGGGCCGCGCUCGGACCGGUCGAGCGUUGACGAAGGAGCGAUGGGUCCAGGCGGGUCGGGGAGCGGACAUGACGAUGCAAGCAGCGUUGGGAGCGAGAGUUUCGGCAAGGACGUGGCUAUCGUCAACUGCUGCUUCGACGACAUCGAGCGCUUCAUAGCCCGUCUCCAGCACACUGCGGCAGCAACUCAAGAGCUCGAGCAUCGCCGCCGAAACAGGAAGUCCAAGAAGAAAGACGUUGACGAUGGACUCCUCUCCAUGAGGGCCAAGCCGCCGCCAGAAGGAGAGUUCAUCGAGAUCUUGCAGAAGUUUAAGCUCUCUUUCAACAUGCUCGGAAAACUUCGCACGUACAUUCACGAGCCUAAUGCUCCUGAGCUGGUGCAUUUUAUAUUCACGCCGCUUGCGCUCAUCGUUGAUGCCUCCAGGGACUCGAACUACGGCACCAACUUGCCCGCCAAGGUUGUAUCCCCGCUGCUGACGCAAGACGCAGUUGACCUGUUGACGAACUGCCUGUCUUCUCGGGAGACGGAACUCUGGCAGUCCAUGGGCGACGCCUGGAUCAUACCCAGAGAGCUCUGGAAGUAUCCCGUGCCACCGUACCAGCCCAUGUUUUCGUCGGGCUGGGCCCCAGAGCUGUCGGAUGAGCCUCGCGACCACCGACACGAUCACAAACACCGGCCCAGGGACAGAGAGGACUUUGACGACUUCUAUCAAAGCAAAAGGCACGGCGUGUCGCCGCCGCCGGAGCGCUAUGGUCGUCCUCCUCCAUUCUCAGAAAGCGAGGUGAGCGGCAGCGAGAGCGCGUACGGCGCGGAGGGCAGCAGCGGCCAGCUGUGGAUAAACGAGCUGCGCUCGCGCGGGGCGAAGAUCGUGCAAGUGACGUACCCGCGUACCGCCAACAACGAUAAGGAGCUUACGGUCGUCAGGGGCGAGUUACUUGAGGUGAUCGACGACAGCAGGAAGUGGUGGAAGUGCGGCAACUCGCGUGGCCAAGUGGCCCACGUCCCGCACACCAUCGUCACGCCCUACGCUCCUGAAAUUCCUGAAGGUAUGAGCAGCAGUCAGCCGUCUGACUUAUCUCGCAAAAGUAAAGGUAAACUGCUGCCCAGGUUAUCAAUUUUCGCUUCAAUUAAGUUGAGGAAUAGCGUGGUAAACGUUUGCCCGACAGCCUGGGCAGCUUACAAGCUCUAUUGUCAGCUGUGGGCGAGUUCUUCUCAACAUGAUUCUGACUGGAGUUCAAGCGGCUUCUGUAGCGGCCACCGGUACUCGAGCAGCGAUUCGGACGAGUCUCCGCCCCCACCUCCUCGCAAUAAAAAAUCUGCCAAGAAAUCCUCUAAAUCCUCCAAGCCCAAGACUCCCAUUCCUGCUCCCCCUCCUCCUCCUCCCCCAGACUUCACACCCAGCAACUCCGUAGCUGUUCGCCAGCCAAGAAAAAUUCCAGCCAAUUCCCAACGAGUCUUUGGAACAAACAAUGAGACGACAGACCUGAUGAACUAUGAGCUGAAGGAGGUGCUCAGUGAGUUCCGUAAGCGCAAACCUCACAUUGACGUACAGAAGACGCCUGACGUGUACAUCGACAACCGAGCCACUCCUCAGGAGGUACAAGACUGGCUCAAGAAGAAGGGCUUUUCUGAACGACUGUGCGAUCAGUUCGACGGCGUUGACGGAGAGAAACUUUUCUCGCUUUCAAAGCAGCAACUGCAGAACUUCUGCGGCGACACGGAGGGAGCCCGUCUCUUCUCUCAGAUCACCAUCCAGAGGAACGUCUCGGGGUACAAGACCGUGAACACUUUCGAGUUGAAGCGAAUCUUGUCCGAGCAGCGCAAGCGUGUUGAAACCAACGUGGCUGACGACGUCGACAAAAAUUUCGAUUUCUUACAAGAAUACGGGAAAUCUGAGACUGGAUCAAAUCCAGGAACCGAUGCUGAUGAUGGAGAAACCGAGCAAGAGGAGGUCAUCGUGGUUCGCAAGCCAAAGAAGAGCAACCCUCCAGCGAGUGCCGCGGCGCCGAAAACCGCAAGCAACAAGAACCCAAAACCACCCAAAGAACCCGUCGCGUCAACGUCCAGAACUAAUAAUAAUUCUAAUCCAAAACCAUCGACGGCUCCCAAACAACCGGCCAAGCCACCAAGUGACAAGAAGAAUGCCGCUAGCGGCACGUUGAAAGAUCAGAUUAAGAAGCAACGUAUGAAGAUCAUCUACAAAACCGACGAUUCAGACUAAAGUGAACUAGCUUUCGAAGCUUUCUUGUUUUUAUGUACGUUAAAAUUGGCUUAGCGACUUGUGUGAUGUUUUUGUUCAUCAUCUUGUUAUGGUAAUUCAAUAGGAAAAAAGUAGUAUAAUUUGUAAUUUAAUUUUAAUUAUGAUAUAAACAAUAGAAAGA